UCCAAACUCAGCUGAUACCCCCGGAUAUGGAUGUGGAUGUCCCCCGACGUUGGGUAGAUUUGUCGCGCGGAGACCCCAGAUAUUUCCUUCAUCCCCGCAUAUUCCCGCGCUUGCGGUCCCGUGGCCACUGAUCGGGCCACCUGGGCAGACGAUGGUGUUGUUUUAGGGGUAUUGCCUUGGCUCGGAUCAGGAUCCCCAAGGUCCUGGCUUGGCUAAUCCAGAUUUAUCCAAGUGUUGCUCAUGGCAAACACCGUACGAUGCAGGUGGACUCGUUUCGCUUUGGGGUAUAAGAUGCCACUAGGUGCCCGUCACUAGCCGACAGAGAGAAUAAACCCCCAAGCAAGAUCACGAUCGCCAUCUUGUGACAUUCUCUGGCCUCGAUAUUGUGACGGCUUUCAGAGUCCAGUUCCCAUCAUGGACGCCCUACGCCAACGCCUCCCCGCCCCUCGGCAGGACUACCUCUCCAGACAAGCCCGCAAACAUCAAGGCGGUUCCAGUGCGCCAGGUGACAGCAAUGGCAAUAGCUACGCGCCCUCCCGCAUGACGCAGCUCGCCCAAAAAUCCCCCAUCUGGUACAAGUCGGCGGCACGGCGGCGUCUCUACUUCCUCCUCUUUCCCGCAGCCGUCGUCUCGUACGCGACGAGCGGCUACGAUGGAUCCAUGAUGAACUCGCUCCAGACGGUGCCGUACUGGGACGACUACUUUGGCAACCCGCGCGGAGCGUCCCUGGGGCUUAUGAGCGCUAUUAUGGCUCUCGGCAGCAUCUGUUCCACCCCUGUUGCUCCUUGGGUUGCUGAUCGAUUUGGUCGCCGGUGGGGGAUUACGGUGGGAAGCUUGGUAAUGAUUGCGGGUGCUAUUAUGCAGUGUGAGAGUAAAAAUUUUGCCAUGUUUGUUGUCAGUCGGUUUAUCCUGGGCUUUGGAUUAUCGUUCGCUACGACGGCGUCGCCUAGCUUGGUGAGCGAGUUGAGCCAUCCUAAGGAUCGGGUUACUGUCACGGCUAUUUGCAAUACUUGCUGGUUCUUAGGGAGCAUUGCCGCAGCUUGGAUUACGUAUGGCACGAGAACGAUCCCGAGCACCUGGUCCUGGCGAAUUCCGUCACUUCUGCAAAUGCUCCCGAGUAUUAUCCAGCUUUCGACUAUCUGGUUUCUACCCGAAUCUCCGCGAUGGCUUAUCAACCACGACCGGGGCGACGAAGCAAUGGCUGCGUUGACGCGGUACCACGGCGAAGGGCAAGAGACGGAACUGGUCAGACUUGAGUUUGAAGAGAUCAAGACGGCCAUUGACAACGAGAAACGGACUGGUUCCACUACAUGGAAGUCCAUGGUCAGCACUAGUGGAAAUAGAUAUCGCAUGUUUCUUGUGUGCUGCAUGGGUUUCUUCAGCCAAUGGUCUGGCAACGGACUAAUAUCCUACUACCUCUCCCGCAUCAUGGACACCGUCGGAAUAACCGACCCCGCCACCCAAUCCCUCGUCAACGGCCUCCUCAACAUCUGGAACUGGGCCUUGGCCCUAACCAGCGCCUUUUUCGUCGAGCGUCUUGGCCGCCGCCCCUUAUUCCGCAUCUCAACUCUAGGUAUGCUCUUCGUCUUCACCGGGUGGACUGUCGCCUCGGCCCUGUACUCCCAGACGGAUGCCCCCGCGGCCGCCAUCGCCGUCAUGGCCCUUAUCUUCAUCUACGAGAUAUUCUACUGCAUUGCCUUCUCGCCCCUGCCGGUCGCUUACUCGGUCGAAGUCCUGCCUUAUUCUAUCAGAGCAAAGGGCAUGGCUGCGUACGUGUUUGCUACGAAGUGUGCAAUUUUCGUGAAUCAGUAUGUCAAUCCCAUUGGAUUGCAGAAUAUCGGGUGGAAGUAUUAUAUCGUCUACGUAGCCAUUCUGGCUGCGGAGAGUUUUGUUGCAUAUGGCUGGUUCUUGGAGACAAAAGGCAAGGCAUUAGAAGAGAUUGCCGUCAUUUUCGACGGCGAGCAGGCCGAUGUCAGGGUCGCAGGGGCUAAGGAAGAGGGAGGGUUCAUCGAGGAGACGGAGAACGUGCAUACCCAGGUUUAGGUAAUGAUGAAGCCAUUCGGUUGGUUUCAAGAUAAAUACGAAGACGGUUACCAUACCAAAUCUUCUUGGAACUUCCAGUAAAAUACUCAUUCUCUG